GUAUAAUAAAAUAACUGUGAUAGUUACGUGUAAAAUAUUUUGCUAACGUUUCCCUUGUGUCAUUUAAAUAAUUAACCUAAUUUCUAACAUAUUUCUAACAUCGACUUUGUUGAAUAUCGAGAUCUUCUACGUGAUAAUACAAAAAGCAAGGUCUCUUGGCAAGUGGUACAAAGUGGUACAUUGGUAAAGGAAAUUACUUCGCAAAGAUCGUCCACCAUUGUUACAUUUAUAGAAAGUGAUUAUGUCUAGUCAUCAGUAUAUAGCAAAUUCCGAGAAUUUGUUUGAAGAGGACGUAGAUGAUGAAACGUUUCUUAGAAAUUCUAGAAGAACUUACGACUCCCUACCAGUCGAUCAGCAAAGGCAGACGUUUCUAGAAAAGAGGAAGGAAAUUGAAGAGAGGACCCUCACAAGCACUGAAAGAAGCAUUGGUUUGUUAAGGGAAUCGGAACAAGUGGGUAUUGCCACUGCUGAGGAACUUAUGAAACAAAGGGAACAACUGGAAAGAACUGAUAAGCAAUUAGACGAAAUUAACCAGAGUUUGAGAUUUUCCCAAAAACAUAUAAAUGGUAUAAAGUCCGUUUUUAGCAGCUUAAAAAAUUACAUAUCUGGAAAAAACGAUCAAAGUCCGACUCCCAGUUCUGGAUCUAGUAAUUCCAAGCCGUCAUUUAAAUCAGUAUCACAGGAAAAACUAUCUGAGUAUGACAGAUACGAUAAUCAUCCAUCAGUAAGAUUAAGAGGAACUGAUAUGGGUAGCGGAAACUACAUUCAGACUCAGUCCUCAGGCAGUAAAGACUUUACAGCACGUUUAGAUGCAAAUCUUCAAGAAAUGCACAGCAAUAUUUCACGCCUAAAAGGAUUAGCAACUGAUAUGUCCUUUGAAAUCGAUUCUCAAAAUGACCUUAUUGGUAACGUAACUGACAAAGUAGAAAAGGCAGACAUUACCAUUAAUAGACAGAACAAAGACAUGCAACGAAUUUUGAAAAAGUAAUUUAAUUGUAUACUAGAUUCUCCGCUUUGAAAGCUCUGUAAAUGUACAAAAUAUUUUUUUUUUUGGUGAUCAGUAAUCUUGUACGUAAAAGCGCUUGUCCCAUAAAUUAAUAUUAAGAUGAAUGUGAUGUGAUGAAGAUGUUAUUUUGUAUGUGUAAUAAAUAUAUUUUGUUUCUUUAAUAA